AUGGACGUCGACCCGAACCCCGCGGAGCAGCGCUCCUCGCGGAAGCACCUGCGCAGCAGUUCCGACGACGCCGAUCUGGAAUGGAGUUCGGACGAAUCCGGUCGCUUCGAUGAUGCAGAUGAACGCGAGCUCGAGGACUACAAGUCGCCUUCGUCCAAGUCAGCCAAGCGACGCCGCUCGAACGAUUGGCCGCUGCCGGAUGAAUCUGCGGACUACGGACACCAUGAUCGUCGCGCGCGCAAUGGAGCGGGUGGUCUGGCCGCCAAUCUGGCAUCUGCAUACAAGUCUUCUCCUCGGGCUUCGCCGCGCGCUUCUGCGGGAUUCGCACGCGCGAGGCACAGUGCUGCGGCUGCAAACAGUCCGCGCAAUCUCCUGGGUCGGCGGUCGCGGUUUGUUGAGGCUACUAUGAGCGACAGCGUUAGUGAGAAGCCGCCGAGUAUCUUCAUGCAAGAGAAGAAACAGGCUGCUGCUCAGAAUCGUGGCUCUGGGAUCUUUCGAUUCGGAAAAGCUAUUGCCUCUGCCUUCAAUCCGUUUGGCGGCUGGAGCAAGAGCUCGCCAGAGAAUGUCAACAAGUCACCCCAGAAAGAUGCUCUUACUCAAGCAGAGCGGGCUUAUGAGGAGCUCAAGAAGGCAGGCUACAAGGGCACAAACAAGGGUGCCUAUAUGGAAAGCGCAAAUGUCGACCAACCUCAAGCCGAUCAGACAUGGCAGGCCAUCCAGGAGAAGAUGCUCCAUGGAAACCCAACUUUCCAUUGCGGGGAGCACGAGAAUAUGGGCACCCCAAUGCGUUCCCCGCAACGUUCUCCAACCAAAUCCUCGAAGCGCUCAUCUUUCCAGGACCUGCGGUCAUUGGGUUUACCAUUUAUGAGGUCCCAUGAACAGGUCACAACCGCGCCUUUGACUUACCAAGAACGAUCAUCCGAAGAUCUCGAGCCGAACGGGCUCCGGAGACAGAGGUCGAAGAAGGAAAUCCACCGUCAGGCCAAGCUAGUCAAGAAAGUCAGCAAUCUCGAAGACAAGCUGGACCGUGCCCGGCGAGAGCUUCGGGAGCUAAGCGGCAAUGAGGAGCGAGUGCCCGCCCCUAUCCCAGAGUCCACAGAGUCCCUACGAAUGAGUAUGGAUAUGAAUCCUGGGAGUUAUCCUCGCAAGUUUGUCCCAGGCGCGCUUCCCACUUUGCCCUCAGAGCGACUGCUCGACCAACAAGACACGGCUUCCAAAUCGCCCGAGCUUGAGAUGGGUGGCCUGACGGCUUUGCCAUCCAUGGAGGAUCGAGGAAGCUUCUCAUUUGAGGAACCACUGAAAUCCCCGAGUCCAUCACCGACCAAGUCCCCAAAGGGGAGGUCAAAAGAAUCACGGCCAUCUUCCAUGGGUAAGGAAAGCCCUUCCCGCAAAAGGAAGCCACCAGUUCCUGAACCUAUCCCUAGUCGGAUCCCUAUUCAGGCCAGUCCGACGAACCGCAACGACGACGUCCCCGAUCAACCGUCCGAGCUGGAGCAGCUGAUCGAAUUCGGUCUGCUCAGCCCACCCCGGCAAGCAAAGUUGCAGAAAUUCGAAGCCGGCGACAGCCCCGGCUCCGUCGAACGCAAACGAAACACCCUCGACCUCGACUACGGCAAACCGGCAGGCGACGCAGGCUCAAUGCAUAGAAGGUCCCCAUCAGUUCAGCCCUCAAGAUCCACACCCCCGCUGCGCAUGCGCCGCGGCCACUCGAAUCUACGCUCCCUCUCGCCGAAAAAUGCCUCCGAUGCGGACGAACAAUCAGCCCCAAGCAACUGCCUCUCGCCUUCGCCGCCUUUGGAAACUCACAAUGCAUUCUAUCUUCAGCAGCACCGCAACCUUGAUCCCGAUCGUACGCCUCGCUCUUCUCCCUCCAAGUCGGCCAAUUCCUCUCCGUCCAGGCCUGCCCAUACGCGCCGCCGGAGUCGUCAGGAGGAGGAUGUUCCCCCCGUCCCUCCCCUCCCUAAGGAGCUUCUCAGUGAUGCUGCAAAGGUAACCGGGUCGCCGUCGAAGAAGAAGAAUCCGAGGCAUAGUCUCGCCUCUGCGCUCGAGCCGCAGUCUCCUUCGGCUCGGAACAGGCAGUCGGCUAUUAUUGAGAAUUAUCAGUGGUCUUCGGAUAUCUUCUGA